UCAGAUACCGCCGCAACACUUCUCAAGCUCUGCCGACCCUUAGGGAUGUCUGGCCCUGCCGCGGGUCUCAGGACGGUCGACCUUUCCGCCCGACGUGGGAUGGCACCGUAUUGCACGGCAUCCUCAUCUGUUCUUCUCCACUGCCACCUCGCUUUCCCACAGUACAUAUUUUCUGCCUAGAACCUUUGCCGACGGUUUGAAGAUAUGGUGCGGGAUCCGAGCAACUUCCCAGCGUCGCUCGAAAAUUUCAUCAAGGAUUCCCAAAAUUUCAUUCUGCAGGCGACCAACAACCCCGUGCCCGGCGUUUGAGGAUCCCGCGAGGCGAGAGAGAGCACGGCAGAGGUCCUUGUGUGAGGAAGAAGGAAGAAGGCGUUCGAGCUACCCGAAGUCGAAUCCGUGGCCGGAGGUAGGCUUGUGGGUGCAGCAGCAGCAGCAGCAGCAGGAGCAGCAAACUCAGUAUCGGUCGAUAUCAGAUAUCAGGGGUUGGGGUAUCAGAGGACCAGCCUCACUCGCUCUUCUACACUGGUGCCGACCACUUCCACCCCUCUCCUCCUCCUCCUCCUCCUCCUCCUACACCGCCAUCAUCACCAUUAUCACAACCACUACAACUACCACCAGUUCCGAUGCUCCAACGCCUCCUUAAUUACUAACAGUAUUAUACAACAACUACUAUCGUCUGCGACGUAAAGCCGUUAGUGCCACCACUUACUUCUUAGGCCUCCUCAAGUUCUGUCACAUCUCAACCUCUUGAUUAUGAGAUCCUUGGAUGACGAGGCAAUAAUUCAUUUUCUAUGACCGGCUGGCCGCUGUUAAGUGUACUUAUUAGCUCUUUAGUCACAGAAAUGAAAUUUGAAUCGAUCAUUUUUUUUUUCCUGAAAUAACUGAAAGUCGGUGCCUUCCUGAUAUCAGCUGUUGAUCUGAAAGUUUGACUGAUCUCUGGAAGAGCGAGUUUUAACCCUGAAGUCCUCACCCGAUAGUACAAAUAUAUAUAUAUAUGUCGGUAACCGAUCCGGCGCGACUCGACGCAUUGCAAGUGUUCAAACGUAAAAGGAGUUCCGACAGGGAAGCAUGUGCUGAGCGAACGUAACAAGCUACUCCUUAGUUUUGUUUUUCUCUACAUUUCCUCCCCCAAGUGCCAAAACGUUGCGUUGAUUGUCCAGGAAUUGUCGCGUUGUGGUUCUCUUGGACGAACAUCAACGACAUUAGAGUAGUUCUCUGUUUCUUGGGAAAGAAAAAGGAUAAGGAUUGGAAUGAGCUUUGCGCCUCAUCCUUUGUACAAACCUUGCUGAAUGAUAUUGGAAAAAGAUAUUCUCCAAAUAUUAGUGUAUAAGGAACAAGUGUCUUUUGAACUCGUGCACUAUUGUUCUUCCAUGCCUUUGUGAUUGAAACGUGAUGUGCCAGUGAUAGGAAAAAUGGAUCUUGAAAACAAGUUAGAAAUUGGAGCGUCACGAAGUGCCCAUGUGAUCGUAGGAAGAGUGUAAAAGAUCGCUCGUUCUGUGACAACUUUGAUUCGAAAUUUGGUUCAUUUCGUGAGGCAUUUCAAGUGUUAUUCUGAAUUUGAAAAUAAAGUGAAAUUGUGCAGUGUUUAUAAGGUGCUCUGAAAAAUAAGAUUUUUAACAAAUAGUUUCUCUCAUGUGAUGAGUUUCACAGUGGACAUUUAAUUCCACUUAUUGAUUAUUAGUUCACUGUGGACUUUUAAUUCCACUUUACCUUUGAGUCCAUAGUGGACUUUCAAUUUGAAUUUUCAGUGUUGAGGUCAUAGUAGACUUUUGAUUUAAUUUUCUGGUUUUAAGACCGCAUCCUAACAGUACAAAAGUUCCAUUAUGGAUAACGAAGGACUCCAUGCCCAUCCUCCGGUUUCUACAGACGCCAUGGGAGGGGCCCCACAUAUGGCUAGAGGAGGGAUGAACACAGUGGAUACAGGUGACCAGGUAGCCACGAGUGCCAUGGAGAUGUCAGGUGUGGCGGCGCCCCUGGUGGGCUCCACCCGCAGGACUUCGAGGGUCUGGCGGUACUUUGGCAUGAUGGACAACUGCCACUACAUUUGCCACUUGUGCUCGUUCGUUGGCGCCUACACCAACACUACUAACAUGAGGAAACACAUCCAGCACCACCACCCGGAGAGGUACCAGGAUAUUUUGGACCACACUCGUCCCACCACGAGGCCUUUUUAUGGUGGUUCUGUGGUAGGAUCCAUACGUCCAGCGCCUCAGCAUUUUUCCUCCCAGCCUCAGCACCAUCACCAUCAUCCAUAUCCGUCCGCAGCAGCGGCAGCAGCUGCUGCUGCGUUAGUGUAUCCUCAUAACAUAGGAGCAGCCAAGAGGAUGCUUUUUCCCAAGCCCCCUGACGGGACGCAGGGUCAGGCAAACAGCGGCAGUGACAAGGUCAGCAACAGUCACGCUGUGACCAGCCAUCAUCCCCUGUACACCAACCAUCCAUCUUCCACUGCACCUCCGUCGCAGUCUUGGGCGUUGGCAUAUCCUCAAUUACCGUCAACGUCUUCGGGAUCUUUGGAGAACAAUGCCGCUACUUCUUACUCCUGUUCGGUAGUUCAGAGUGCCGUAGCGAGCGGAAGAACGGCAGUUGUCGCGUCGCCUGCCACUGCAAACCUUCCCUCUGUUUCGGUGAGUGCUUGCGAGCUGAGUCCAGAAGAAAGCGAAAUUGUCAGCCAGCUUCUGCCUCCCAUCAAUCCAGAGUGUUCGAGCGACUCUGAAACAAGAGGGCUAACAGGAGGUGAUGACAGAGGAAGUAGUGAAUACAGCCAGAAUGAUGAGGAAGCUGCAGCCUCUGGUUCUCCUGAAUUUUUGGGUGAUGGCAAUGAACAGGACCCAACUCCUGCACCUGCUGCCCAGACUCCACCAAAACCUGAAAGUUACCAACUACGGCACAACAACCACUUGACAAUUGUUUUAGAAGCACUUGCACGUGAUGAAGCGUUCAUGGAUGUAACCUUGACAGCACAGGGUCGUUCUCUCAAAGCACACAAGUCCGUUUUGUCCGCUGUGAGUCCUUAUUUCCGUGGAGUUUUGCGAGAAAAUCCUUGCCAACAUCCUAUUAUAAUUAUGCCUCGAGAUGUUAGAUUUGAGGAGCUCUUCAGUAUUGUGAACUAUAUUUACAAAGGUGAGAUGACCGUUGCAGCUGAAGAUUUAACAUCUUUGCUAAAAACUGCAGAGAUUCUCCAAGUGUCUGGUUUAGCACCUUCCGAUUCAUCAGCUACAGUUAAUCCACAUACUACAGGGAAUAUUCGGUCUUCGUCAUCAUCUUCCUCAGCCUCUUCAAAUGUUCCUCCUGUUUCCAAAGCUCAUAAAAAUGUCAAAGAAACAAAUCAAGGAAUCUCAGCACCUGUUAGCAGACCUAAAUCUCCAGAAACAAUGAUCAACCCUUCUGACUUUAUGGACAUGGACAUGACAUAUGUUAAAGAGGAAAUUCAAAGUGGAGGAGAAGAUGACGACGACACCGCACCCAGUGAGACAAAUGCCCAACCAUCUCGUAAUAUAUCACCAAAAGCAACAGAAAUUCAUCAGGACACGGUCACAUUUACAUCAGUGUACAAUCAGAAUCAAGAACAAACCACGGAACCUAAUAAUUCAUUGCAAGACACAAGUAGUAUUUCUCCUAUAAAAACUGAGACUGAAAAGGAUUUAGAGCAGAUUAAAAGUGUCAUAGAAAAUCCUCAACCAUUUGUUUGUCCCCAUUGCCAAGGAAUACACAGAGGUCUUGAAAAUAUGAACAAUCAUCUGAGAUUGAACCAUCCUACUAAACCUAGUUUUACAUGUGCCUGUGGCCGUGUCUUUACUCGGAGCACGUCUCAUCUAGCUCACAUCAAAGUCUGUAAUGUUCCUUCAUAGACAGAGGAAAAAAUGUGGUGCUGUACAUGAUGUAAAAACAAGGGCACUAAACUAGCUGUAUUAAAACUACAUAAUGAAAUAAUUAAAUAAAUAUUCAUGUAUUUUGUAGUUUUUUUUAAUAAUUUAAUAAAUAUUCAUGUUUUGUAGUUUUUUUUUAUUACAAAAGUUUGGGCUAUUUUCACAGCUAGAUGCAGCAUUUAUGUAGUGUACAGUCCUUUGCUUUUUGUUGGUUCUCAAAAUUUGCAUCUAAAAUAAAAAGAAAUAUUUUUAGCUUUAACAAACUAAGUGUAUUAUCUUCGGCUUUAGAAUUAAGCUAAAUGUCAAUUUUUUUCUUUUUAAAUCUGGUUGCCAAGAAAAUUUGUAACUGAAGAUAUGAUAGAUGCUUAUGAGACUACUGUUCCUAUUAUAUCAGUUGGAUGAAACAUUAGUGCCAGCAGGCACUAAUGUCAUUAAGUGUUAAGGCUAAGUUUAGAUGCUAAAGGUGAGACCAAUUCAAUUUGACAUUGUAAAAAAAUAAACUUUAAAGAGGUUUUUAUUCAAUGGUUCAUUUGUUUAUAAAGUUGUUAGAGCUGCAUUAGACAGGAUGCAAAUUAUAUUUGUAUACUAUGUAUAUAUGUACUGUAUUUUGAACUAGGAUAAAUCAGUCUUUAGACUUAAGGAAAUUUCAUCCUGUCCAUAAUUGUGCAGAAUUGAAAAUAUAACCAUUGGACUGAUAUAGAAUGGCAGUUUUAGUUCAUUUUUUUGUAUACAAGUUACUGUCACUUUAGUUCUGCUGGGUAAUUUAGCACCAAUAUUUGAUAAGUCUUUUGAAUACAAGUUUACUCUACCAAUUCUUUCAAGUUUUCUCAUGUUAUAAAGUCAAUUGCAUUAGAAGUAGUGUUAUUGACAUGUGUGUGAUUCACCUUGACAUUUAUGCAAGUGGUAAUUUGUCAAAUACAUAUUUCAAAAGUUGUUCAUCCUUUCUUAGACGUACCAUUUACAUUGUUAAAUGAGUGAUAAACCAAAGAGCAAAGUUUUAUCAUUCAGGUGAACAUACUUAAUAAACAAAACCUCUCGGCAAGAAUGCAUGGUGUGCUUGGCUUCUAAUCAAGAGUACACUUACAAGGAUAGUACCUGUAAAUUAUUUAUUUCUUAGGGCAACAUUUUUAUUUUUGGGAUUAGAUGUGACUAGAUGUAGUUGCAUAGAGUUCUGUUAUUGAGGGUUACUUUAAGUGUUGAUUGGGUUGCAAUUCAUGUUGUGAAUUUCAUUUGGUACAAAUAACACUAAAUGUGGUGUGUUUACAUGUUUACCAGUAUUAAAUAUUUUCAUCUGCAUUUUUAAUACAGAAGUAUAUUUUUAUUUACUUUUGGAAUUGUGUGCUUGACGAUUAUGAAAAGAACCUAAGGAAAAGAUUUUGUAGUUUAUUUCAGUUUGUAAAAUGAAUCAAAAUAACAGAUACAGUCA